AAUGGGUAUUAGUGUAAUUUGAAUACAUAUUUUAUGACAGUAAAAAUGACUCAUGGCACACAACGUUCUUUGUUUGGGUUAUCGGAAUCAACAGGCACCUGUAGUAUUGUACCCUUUAUUUAUUUUAAACUGUCAGCAUUGUUUGAAAAGACUAUUAAAAAAUUCUUUUUGAAACAAUGGUCUUAGUUCUCCACUGUUAUUAAAUAACAUAAUAAAAUCGUUGCGAUUGAGAACCGUAUUGUGUGUAGUACAGUCGUAUUAUUCGCUUCCCUUCUGUAAUCGUUCGUAAAUCUAUUCAGAUUUUGUGUUUUUUGUCUACGUAAUGGCAGCGAAACGUAAAAAUGUUGUAGUGACAAUGGAAAAGAAACUAGAAGCCUUAGGUAGAAUUGAUAAAGGCGAAUCUUUAAAAACAGUUGCAGCAUCAUAUGGUGUCGGUACAUCUACAGUAUCGGAUUGGAAGAAAAAUAGAACUAAAAUCGAAGAAUUCUGUUUCAAAAUGAUAACAAAAGACAGUUUGGACAAUCGGUGCAAAACUAAUAAAGCUAAAAAUGAGACUCUCGACGACGCUUUGUAUGUGUGGUUUUGUGCGGAACGCGAACGUGGAUUACCAGUGUCUGGACCAAUUAUUCAAGAAACAGCACUCAAGCUGAAUCAAAUGUUGCCUGAUUGUGAACCAAAUUUCACUGCGAGUCAAGGUUGGCUGGAUAGAUGGAAAAAACGUCAUGGAAUACGCCAACUAUCUAUCACUGGAGAAAGUCUAUCUGGGGACAACAACGCUGCUCAUGACUAUAAAAGCAAGUUUUUGGAUUUUGUGAGAGAAGAAAAUUUAACGGCAGAUCAAAUAUAUAACGCCGAUGAGACUGGCCUGUUUUAUAGAAUGUUGCCAAGCAAAACUUUGGCCUCAAAAACUGAAGAAGCCGCAAAAGGAUACAAAAAAAGCAAAGACCGAUUGACAAUAAUGGUCUGCAGCAAUGCUUCAGGGAAGCAUAAAUUGCCCCUAGUCUUAAUAGGAAAAUCAAAAAAUCCGCGAGCACUGAAAAAUGUAAAUCGGGAUUCUUUACCAGUCUCAAAAGAAUGCAUGGAUGGACAGCACCACUUUUAAAAACUGGUUUUUUGAUUGUUUUGUGCCAGGUGUAACAAAAUAUUUAAAAGACUGUGGGUUGCCAAAUAAAGCUGUCCUAAUAAUUGAUAAUGCGCCUUCACAUCCUUCAGCAGAUGUGCUGGUCAGUGGGGACAUUACCGUCAAGUUUUUGCCGCCUAAUGUAACAGCGCUAUUACAGCCCAUGGACCAGGGGGUUCUAGAGAAAAUUAAGAAGGUUUACAGAAGACAGAUGUUAAGCACAAUCAUAGAAGAUGAAGGACAACACGGUGUAGUUUGAAGUUCUCAAAACGUUCAAUGUCAAAACUGUAAUUUAUAUGAUUGCAGAAUCUUGGGAACAAGUGACUACAAUCAGCUUGAUAAAAUCUUGGAAAAAAACUGUGGA